CAGGAUUGCACUACCAUUAUCCACAGCGUUGAGGCGCCGUUCCACGCCAGCUAUAUAACACGCUAAGAUAUCUCUUUCAGCAGCAUCAGCCUCAUCUCGAGGAAACACUGUCAUGACAGCUUUCAAUCGCCCGCGCGCACAACUUGUCCGUUCUUCUGUCAGGAAGCCGGGAAAGAAAGGAAUGGGAUGGAUGAAGGAAUCGGCUCGAUGCAUAACGCGAGCACGCGAUGUCCGGGAACACAUUUGUGAACAUAGAUCGCGCUAUGCAGAAAGUCGCUGCGCCUUUCCAAAUUCCUCCACGCCACCCAUCGUGAUUUGUGUCGAAAUCGAGAUCCACGUCGAGCGAAGUGACAAAGGGGCUUGGGAGAAUCAUAGCUUGUACCCCGACGUCAAACCGCCGAUCUCAUUUUCAAAGAGUCUCGAUCCGUCCAAGUCUAUCACCCUACAAGUCACCCCAUCCAUAUCAUUCACCGGGUUAAAUCGCUGCUUCCUCCGAGAGGGAUCAUUUAAUGAACAUUUAAUUCGAUUUUUGUUGUUUUUGGUACCCGUCCUUGCAUUGAAGGAUGGGGUCUUACUCGCAUUGCGCUGAGAUGAGUAGUCUGUUGGAACAUUUAGCCUGAGAUAUUGCAUUUGUAUCGAAUUUGUUUUACUCCAUUUCAUGUAUCUUAGUACAUAUCAUUUCGCCAUUCUGUGCCUUUGCUCUGGAAGAGAUUAUACUUUGUACUCACUUUGCUCGUCUUGUGCUCAUCACGGCUUUGCUAGUCUGUUCUAGCCAUAUAUCCAUCAUAAUGAUCAUUACAGCGUCAGGGCUUUCCUCUCC